AUGGAGCAAUCAGCUACAUCAUCCUCUACAUCAUCACCUACGAAGCGACGCGCCCUCGCUCCCUUGGAUUCUAACGCGCUUGCUGCACCAAAGAACUUGUUCAAGCCUGCAUUGGGUCACAGUCCUGUAAAGAUGGCUAUCGAGGGGCGCAAGAGGUUGCUCGAUAUCGAAGGUAGCGCGCCUGCUGCUAAGAAGGCGUGUCUGGGACGUGAUGAGGACGCGUCUGAGAGGAGUGCCAGUCCUGAUGUUAGCUCUGUCUUCGACACGUCUGCCAACGAUAAUUCAUGGGCCACUGCUGCAACCGAACAUGAUACAGCUGCAGUUCCUACAACAGUACAACCUACACAGCAGACUGCAACACUUACACGCCAACAAAUAAGACAAAGAGCAGAAACACUUCGUCUCCGUCUGUCCCUCGCAAACUACAAAGUCCGCACAGGCCAAACGACCGUGCCCCUCUCCGAACUACAACAACGACCGUUACCCCGCGAGUCACCACGCGUCGUCCGCGUACAAAGCCCCGAGUCCACCAGCGAGUCCAAGCCAGAGGAAGAGUCAGAGACAAGAUCGCGAAGAGACUCGAUAGAUUCACAGCAGACGGAGAUCAUGGAGGAGGAAGACGAGGAGCAAAGUUGA